UUUUCUUUUUACGACCUAAAAAUCUGAAAGUGACGAGUAAAGAAAACGAGAUGGUCAUCAAUUACGCCGGCCUGAUUACGGCGGUGAUGGACUCGAUCGGAGCUGCUGCUGUAUACUCCACCGGCGGCGGACUCCAUUCCUCUGUUGAUCUCAACUCUUGGUUUUACUCAACCAUUUCCAGUUCGUCUUCUUCUCCAUCUUCCUCUGUUCAUCUUCUACUACUACUACUUCCUCUUCUAUUCAAAAUAUUAUAUGGAGUAACGAGCCAAGAUGGCUAAAGAAUACGUCUCCUUCUAGUGAUAUAAACCAGACAAUCCUACAAGCCAUGCUUCAACCCGACGCGCUAAGGCAGAAGCAAUCAGUUCAACAAUUAUGAGCUUUGUGGUUUAUUGGAGAUCGUGGCAGCAGUCUCCUACUAAGUUUUUGGUGAAGGCUCUAACAAAGGUUCAAAUUAAUGCCAGUAAUUCAGAUCAAGUGCUCUUUUAUAUGGGAUUAUCCCGGACUUGGUUAGCCUCAGUGCCCUCGGGUUCAGCCUCAUCUCUAUGUCAAAUGUGCUUCUCAGGUCAGGUCAGGUCAAGAAGACAUCAUACUUAACGACGGUUGAGAUGUCAAUUGUUGGAAGCCUCUGGCUCUGCUUGUUAGUAAAGUACCUUAAUUUAAAAGAUGGUGAAGCGAUGAAAAGUUUCAUAUGGUUGGACUGCUUUAACACUGGGAUUGGUGACGUGGAACAAGGGUGGAGAUCACGUGAUUCUUUAGGAAUAGCAUUUGUUUGUUGAUUUUAUCCCAAGUCUACAAGCUCUUUAUACUUGAUCGUUUCCAAGAGAGUAGAACGAAGGAUCGGUUCUCGGUGAUCUUCAUCCUCUCAAAGCUACCACCGAAACAAAUUUCUCUCUUAUCUCCUCCAUCGAUCCUACUGUGGAAAAAAUUGAAAGUUACAACUUUUUCUCAAAUGAGAGAAGAAGAUCCAUGGAUUCCUGAGACGCCGAUGAAGCAGACUGCUCCGAUCGGCUCAAAUACUGUGGAGGAGGAAGCUCAUGGUAAACAUUUGGGGAAAAGGAGAUUUGUUGGGAACAAGGACACUGAAUCACUCUGUUUCUCCGGUCAGAUCCCAGAACGUACAGGAGACACGGAGAGUCGGAGAUCAGUUGCUGAAGAUGAACAUAUCAUCAAGACACCAAAGACGAAGAAAAAACAUCGACCAAAGGUUCUUAAACCCAAGAAGAAGAUCCAUGAGGAAGAGGCAUCGACCAAUGCCGUAAGAAGAGCACCUAAACCACGAACUCCUAAGAAACCUGUUGUUGCUGAUUCUCAAGAAAGCAAACCACCGAUGAUUAGGACGUAUGUGCGGAGGAAGAAGGUUGAGGAUCAAUCUACUCCGGCAGCUGUAGGAGACAGGGAAUUGUUGAUGAGAAAAAAGAAUGAAUCAGUGGAGAGUCCGAGUGACAAUGUUGAUGAAGUUGUUGCUGAUUCUGAAGAAAGCAAACCACCGAUCAGGACACUCAGGACAUAUGUGCGGAGGAAAAAAGUUGAUUCAUCAGCUGUAGAUACCUCAACUCAUGCGAGACGACCCUUACAUUUUGAACUGGAACACGGAGAAAACCGUUCCAACCCCGACACAGAACAAGCAGGUCAGACCGCUGUUUUUCAGAAACUGUUAGUGAGUCAAGAAUCAAAAGGUUGGCUUCUUCCGGUGCCCAAGAGAAAGCGCAGCCGCCAUGUUGAUGUUUCGAUUACACAAACUGCAAAGAGAAGACGACAAGUAGAAAAACCAACCUGCAAACCACAGCAGAAGGAUAAGAAGAUUGUUGUUGAUACACGGGUGACCGUGAGAAAAAAGAAGCGAAUCACUAAGUGUGUGAAAUCACAAACCAACCAGAUUGUAGUCUUUGGCGGUGGCACUGGAGAAAUUGUGCCUUCAACUCCUGUUAAAAAACGGCGCCCACUACCAAAGGUUGACUUAGACGAUGAGACAGAGAGAGUGUGGAAACUGCUGUUGGAGGAUAUUAAUAGCGACGGAACUGAUGGGGCCAAAUAUUGGGAGGAAGAACGUAAAGUGUUUCGAGGACGAGCAGAGGCAUUUAUAGCACGAAUGCAUCUUGUACAAGGGGAUAGACGUUUUACGCCUUGGAAGGGAUCAGUUGUUGAUUCCGUUGUAGGAGUCUUUCUCACCCAGAGCGUCUCUGACCAUCUUUCAAGUUCUGCUUUCAUGUCACUUGCUGCACACUUUCCCGUGACUUCAGUACCCAGCAGUAAUUUUGACGUUGGAACAAGCUCGACUUCUAUUCAAAUAACUCACUUGGACUCAGAGGAGUCGAUGUCAAGCCCACCCGAUCAAAGCUCAGAGAUCAGCUUAGAAGGAGAGUAUCAUACUUCCUAUCUGAAGCUCCUACGGGGCCUACAAGGCUCACAAGAAGAUUCCAAUCAAAAGAGUCAGUCUGACAAUUCAAGGCAAGAAGUUGGGGUUUCAAGCAGUGUGAAGGAGAAGAAAAAGUCUUUUGAUUGGGAUAUCUUAAGAAGAGAGACAGAAGAUAGAACAGCCAAAAGAGAAAAAACAGCAACAAGUAUGGACACUGUAGACUGGGAGGCCGUAAGAAGAGCAGAUGUCAAUGAAGUUGCUGAAGUAAUAAAGAAACGUGGUCUGCACCACCUACUUGCAGAAAGGAUACAGAGCUUCCUUGAUCGACUGGUCAAAGAUCAUGGAAGUAUCGAUCUAGAAUGGUUGAGAGAUGUUCAACCGGAUAAAGGAAAAGAAUAUCUUAUGAGCAUCAAUGGUCUGGGGCUCAAAAGCACGGAAUGUGUGCGGCUUCUUACGCUACAUCAACUUGCUUUUCCCGUUGAUACAAAUGUUGGGCGCAUAGCCGUUAGACUUGGAUGGGUGCCCCUUCAACCGCUCCCAGAAUCACUGCAGCUGCAUCUUCUAGAAAUGUAUCCUGUUCUUGACUCUGUUCAGAAGUAUCUCUGGCCCCGUCUAUGCAAAUUCGAUAUAAAAACACUAUAUGAACUGCACUAUCAGAUGAUCACAUUUGGAAAGGUAUUUUGCACAAAGACAAAACCAAACUGCAAUGCAUGUCCUAUGAGAGGAGAAUGCAAGCACUUUGCAAGUGCUUUUGCAAGUGCAAGGCUUGCUUUACCCGGUACAGAGAAAGGUAUGGGGACUCCUGAUAAAAACCCUAUGCCUCUCUACCUGCCAGAACCAUUGCAUAGCGAGCAAGGGUCAAAAGUAUUAAACUCAGAAACUGCAAAUAGCCUCAAGUUUUGUGAACCCAUAAUCGAUGAGCCAGCAUCUCCAGAGCAAGUAUCAGCUGACAUUGAAGCUGACAUUGAAGAUGCUUUUUUUGAGGAUCCUGAAGAAAUUCCUACCAUCAGACUAAACACGGAUGCGUUUACCAUUAGCUUAAAGAAAAUAAUGGAAGACAUUAAAGAAGUCGGAAACAUGUCCACCGCUUUAGUUGCACUUACUGAUGAAGCUGCUUCCCUCCCAAUGCCAAAACUGAAGAAUAUCAGCCGAUUAAGGACGGAACAUCAAGUUUAUGAACUGCCAGACACACAUCCUCUUCUAGCUGAGUUGGAGAAGAGGGAACCUGAUGACCCAUGUUCGUACUUGCUUGCUAUUUGGACGCCAGGUGAGACGGCUGAUUCCAUUAAACCAGCUGUAAGUAAGUGUAUAUCCCAAGCAAAUGGUAAGCUUUGUGAUGAAGAGAAUUGUUUCUCCUGCAAGAGCAUCAAGGAGGCACAAUCUCAGACUGUGAGAGGGACAAUCUUGAUUCCGUGUAGAACCGCGAUGAGAGGUAGUUUCCCUUUGAACGGGACCUACUUCCAAGUUAACGAAGUGUUUGCGGAUCAUGCAUCCAGCCUAAAACCAAUCGAUGUCCCAAGGGAUUUGAUAUGGGAUUUACCUAGGAAAACGGUCUACUUCGGAACCUCUACAACUUCGAUAUUCAAAGGCUUAUCUACCUACGAGAUACAGCAAUGCUUCUGGAGAGGGUUCGUAUGUGUACGCGGGUUCGACCGCAGGACGAGAGGACCGAAGCCUCUCAUUGCCAGACUCCACUUCCCAGGAAGCAAACUGAAGACACAAGCUUGAUACUAUUCUGUCCCAUCUAGUUCUCAUAAAAGUUUGAAGUUUAAAACAAGAGCUCUUUAUUACAAAGAUAGAAAUUCAGUACUUUUGUAUUGUUGAUUGGUUUUUUGAUCAUCGUUGUUUAAAUUUUUUAAUCAUGGUUGUUUAUA